AUGGGUACUACAGUACAAACGCGGACGUUACAAGCAAUUUUCCACGAAUCUGAGCAAGUGAUUAGGCAGCUAACUGAACAAGAAAUCGACGAAUUUAAGGAAGCAUUUCUUCUCUUUGACAAAGAUGGGAAUGGGACAAUUUCUACCAAGGAAUUGGGUAUCGCCAUGCGAGCUCUUGGCCAAAAUCCCACCGAACAAGUAAACUAUUGA